AUGGGCGCCGGCAGCUCCGCCGAGCCGCCCGCCCCUCAGGACGGAGCCGGGGCCGCCACCGAGCCCCCCGGCACUCCCCCUGAGCCGCUGCAGGCAGAAGAGGCGGCGCGGGCGCCCCAGGCGCCAGCGGAGCCCGCCAAGGUUUUAGAUGCGAGUUUAUCAGUACCUGAUGUUAAUGAAGAUGAUUUGAAGCAUGAUGCUGCACCACAGGAAACACAACAGCCAGGAGCUGUUACAGCACCUCAGGAGCUGGAUGGGCAGCAGCCAGAGGUGGCUUCACCCUUCCAAGAAACACCCAGAGAACAAGCAGAGGCUGCUGGAACAAAUGUUGAAGAAACAGGACAUUCCAAUGCAACUUUGAAGGAAACCACUGAAACUAUGGAGACAAGUCCAUCUGACUCAACCACCAAGGAUGGUGUGGGUGCUGAGGAAGAGGAUGCUCAUACAGUGAAACAGUUGCCCUCUGUGGAAGAAGACACAGAAGACAACGCAUCUGAGCCACAGUCUUAUGAUCUGGGUUUUAAGAAGGUUUUUAAAUUUGUUGGGUUCAGAUUCACAGUGAAGAAGGAAAAGACAGGAAAAUUGGAACCAGUUCAACUACUUACUGUGAAAAAGGAAGCCCAAGCCUCUGAAGGAGCUGAUGAUCAAAAAGAAGUUAUCUCAGAAGAAACAGCAGUGCCUGAGGAUGUACGCUCUACAGAAGACACCACCAGAGAUGCAUUGCCAAAUGCAACGACAGAAGCAGAAUCUCCUAAAACACCAGAAACAAAUGAGGUUUCUUCUCAGUCAGCUGCCUUAGCCAGUGAUACUGCCUCACCAUUAAGAAAAUUUUUUACUCAGGGAUGGACUGGCCUUAGAAAAAAGAAGAGUUUUAGAAAGCCUAAAGAAGACGAAUUACAGGCUCCUACAAAAGAAGAGGAGCAACAAAAAGAGGGAUCAACACCAACAACUGACACCAGUGAAAGGGAGGAGAAAUCUGAGUCUGAGAAGCAAGAUGAAGAGGGGAAUGUGAUAGUAGUAACUAUUGAAGCACAUGAGAAGGAGCAAACUGAAGGAGAAAAGCAGGAGUCAGAAGGGACUGUGACAGCCGCAGGAGUGGAAGCAAAUGAGAAGGAUGAGCUAAUCAAGCAUGGUCAGCAGGGACAAAAAGAGGAUGUGGCAGCAACAGAGGAGAAAAAAUCUGAAGAUGGUCAAGAAAGGAAAGUGGUGGAAGUCUCAGGUGAUCUUGGUAGAAAGGAAGAAAAAAAGGAAGAAGGAGAGAGAGAAAAUGAGGAGACAGAAAACCCCCGAGAACCAGGGUCAGUGGUACCUGACCUUGUCACAGGCAGCAUGAAUGGAGAAGUGAAAAGAUCCUCAGAAGCCUUGCCUGUGGGAGAAGAAAAGUGGGAGUCAAUGGAGAAGUGUGAAAUAAAUGACAAAACAGAAAUAUCCUCUGAAGAGAAACUUGACGCAGGAUCUGUGGCAAUUGAAAUUUCAAGCGAACAGCUUCAAAAGGAAGGAAAAGAAAUAAGUAAAUUUGAUGAAAAGGCAGAGAAAGAUGAACUGACAGUGUCCCCCCCAGCAGAAGACAUUAGCCAAGGAGAAGUCGUGGAGAGAAGCCCAGAGAAGAAAGUGAGCCGAGAAUGCGAGACAAAGCUGGGUACUCCUGGACAUUCCAUUGAUACAGACGAUGAUCAACAGUUGAUCAAACCCACUGAUGAAGGACUAGAGGCCAAGACUGACAUAGUUAUGACUGAUACUAACAAACCAGAUGAAAUAACCACAGAAAUGACUCCCGAAGAGGCAGCUGAAAAAAGGCCUCCAGAAGGUAUCACAAAUGAAGUUGAACUGCUCUCUUCUCAAGAGAAAACUAAAGUACAAGGCAGCCCCUUAAAGAAACUUUUUACGGGUACUGGGUUAAAAAAACUAUCUGGAAAGAAGCAUAAAAGCAAAAGAGAGGAGUCCAAGUUAGGGGAACAAGGUGAACCAAGUCAGCACUCAGCAGAUUCACCAGAUAGCCCAGAUGAACAAAAGGGAGAGAGUUCAGCUUCUUCUCCUGAGGAGAUGAAUGAGAUCCCUGCUUUGGAAAAACCCAUAGAUGGAAUGCAGGUCACCGAAAAUGAAGAUGCUGCCAUUUCAGAUGUGGAGCGAAAAAGAGAAAGUGUUACACCCUGGGCAUCAUUUAAAAAGAUGGUGACUCCGAAGAAACGUGUCAGAAGGCCUUCUGAAAGUGAUAAAGAAGAAGAAAUUGAUAAGACAAAGAGUUCUGCAGUGUCUGCAACUGAAAGUACUAUUGAUGAAAAUUGUGGAGAAUUAAAAGAAAAUGGUGUGGACCAGAAACCAGAGAAAACCACAGAAGAACCCAAAAGAAAGGUUGACACCUCUGUAUCCUGGGAAGCUUUUAUAUGUGUAGGUUCUUCCAAGAAACGAGCUAGAAAAUCAUCAUCAUCUGAUGAAGAAAAUGAUUCUAAGCUUGGUCAUGAAAGCCAACAUAUGGAAGAUUCUGGGCAGAGCAAAGAAAGGGCAGGAGACGCAAUUCUUGCUAGUUCUCAGGAGAGCGAUCAAGGACAAGGGAGUUCUUCACCAGAACAAGCUGGAAGCCCAUCUGAAGGUGAAGGUAUUUCAACCUGGGAAUCAUUUAAACGGUUAGUCACUCCAAGAAGGAGAUCCAGAAGCAGAAUGGAAGAGAGAACUGAAGACUCAGUUGUGGGAUCUAGCCUGGAGCAUUCAACAUCAGAUGGUGAGCCUGGAAAAGAUGAGUCGUGGGUUCCAUUUCGAAAACUCAUUCCUGGGCGUAGAAAGAAGAAGUCAGAUGGAAAAGCAGAAGCAACGCUGAAACAAGCAAGAGAAGACAUGGCAGAAGCAACUGAAGAAGAUUCAGAUAUUCCAGCUGUUGUCCCUUUAUCUGAAUACGAAGCAGCAGAGCGGGAGAAAAUUGAAGCUCAACAAGCAAAAGAUGCUGAAGCUAUGAGAGAACAAACCUCAGACAGAGAGAAAGCCCAGAAAUUAGGGGAGACCCUGGGAACUGAGCAAGAACCUGAAGGGCUGGUACAUGCAGUUACUGUGACCAUUGUGGAAGGGGAAAGGGCAGUUACUAGCAUGGAGGAAAGAUCACCAUCUUGGAUAUCUGCUGCUCUGACAGAGUGCAUUGAGCAGGCAAAAGAAGAGGAAGAGAAAGAAACUGAGAAACCAUUUGAAUCAGAUAUUCUUGUGGAAGAAGUAGUGGUAGCUGCUAAGACAGUGCCAGAGACAAGAAAGGAUGUAAGUGAUGACACCAUAGCAAGUGAGCCAGAGCUAACCUCGGAAGCAGUGACAGCUCUGGAGGAGACAGCAGAAGCUUCCUGUACUGAAGAAACAAUGGAAGUGUCCCUUGCUGAGGAGACAACUGAGAUGGUUUCUGCUGUUUCACAGUUGUUAGAAACCCCAGCUACUACAGAGGAAGUUACACCUGUACAAGAAGUAGAGGCCACUGAACAAAAUUUGAAAGAAUUAGACAAACAGACGCAGAAAGUUCUUUAUGAAGUUGCUGAAAGAGUCAAGUCAGCAGAUGUAGCACAGCUGGUUGGUGAAAGAGCCAUGACAGCAACUCAAAUUACAGCAGUACAAGGAAUUGAGUCAGAGGUGAAAGAUGAUGCUAGAGAUGGGAAUAUUGCAGGCCAGGAACUAGUUUUGCUUGAACAGUCCUUGGAAAAUGGAGAGAACAAGGAGGAUGGUCUCCAGCCCCAGGGAAGUGCAGAGAGCAUUCAGAGCCAAAAAGAAGUUGAAGAGAGUGUUCUACACCAGGGUCCAGAGAGAAGUGAAAUGUCUGCUGCAGUGCAAGAAAACAACAAAGGACAUGGAAAUAUAGAUGUAUGGAGAGAUGAGAGCCAGCAGCAGGCAUGCAGAGAAGUAGUUGUAGAAGAUCAUGAAGCACUAUCUGAAACGCAGGAGGCAGCAGAGGAACCUUCAUCACAUAACAGAACAUUUCACAUCAUCCAAGCAGUCACUGCCAAGGAAGAGCUGUUUGCACAGCAGGAGCCUUCAGAAGAAGAGAAACCACCCAUAAUGGAGUUGACAGUAGGCAACGCAAGAGAUGAACGUAUUCCAGAAGUACAGGCUGCAGUACAGGACAAGACAGAGGGUGAAACCCCUUCCUUCGGUCUUGCAGCUGAAGAGCCUGCGCAGCUGGAAGGAGAGGACAAAACUCUCACUGUGGGACCAGAGUGCACAGAAGCAGUUGUCACCAUGGUCUCUGUCAAACCUGAGAGACAAGAUGAAAUUCCUGACUUAUACUCUGAAGCACAAACUUGUUCUAAAGGAGCUCCUAGCAGGGAACCUGACCAGAGGGAGGAAGAGGAAGCUGAUGACAGCAUCGUAGUCCUUGGAGUGAAAACCACAGAAGUCACUGUUACUGAGGUUCCACUGCAGAAUGAGGUCAAAACAUCUGCUCUUCCUUCAGAAACCAUUGGCUCAGAAGCAGCUGCAAAUGCUGAGCAGAGUGCGAGGGAUGGGGCUGGCACGCACACUACAACAAAAGAUUCUGUGCCCCUUCUAGAGCCGCAAUGCAGAGAAAAAACAACGGAACCCCUCUCCCAGAGUGAUGAAACUGAAGGUAGUAAAAUGGAAGAUGCUAGUCUCAACACUGAAACACACUUAGAGAGUGACACCACUGCCACUAAGGCUCCCACACAGAUGGAAGCAGACAACAUAUCUAAUAUAGCAUCAGGAUGUCCAGAUGUUACUGAAAAUGGAAGCACUGUCUUCACUGACAUAAGUGCUAAGAAAUGUGAAACACCAAGCAGCUUAGCUGAAGAAGAGACUGUGGAACAAGAACAAGAAAUUGCAGAAACCUCAAACCAUCAAGACUUAGAGAAAGAAGAUAACAAAAAUGAACAAUUGAUGGAAAGAGCCAAAGAAGCGUUUGAGUCUGGAAAAUGGGAAGCUGUGAGAAGUGAUGAAUUUUCAGCUGCUGUCCAGCAAGAGGUUUCAGCUGUGCAAGAGGGAGUCUCUGACUCAACCUUUCUUCAACAAGAAAGCUUGGACGCUCUGAAAGUGCCUGCAGUAGCUGCAGCAGGUGAAGAACAUGUCAUGGCAGGAAAGGUAACACCCAUAGACACAACAGCCAAAACCAUAUGGCCCUGGGCAACCACAGCAGAACAAAUGGCUUCUGAAGAGGACUCCAUUACUAUUGUUGACUCUUUAGACUAUGGCACUGCAGAGCUUCUUAGUACCAUAGCAUCUGAGCCUCAAGUAACUCCUGCUUCCAUGAAUGGAAUAUCAGAGGAGCAAGAGAAGCCCCAGAGUACAGAGCAACCCAAACAAAAUGGUAUUCUUCUGAGUGACAGCCUCUCUGUCACCCAUGCAGAAUUUGAGAAGGAUGUUGUUCAGUCCUUUACUAUAGAGUCCCAGAGUACAAAAAUUGUACUGAACGCCAUCCAGACAGCUGUUCACAAAUUUACAGAAACAGAAGAGUCAGCUGCCUUUGAGUCAGAGCAGCACAUUAAGGUCAUAGACAAAAUCCCAUCAGAUAUAAAUAAAACUGGACUCCUGGGAAAUACUCAGGAAGAUCAUCCACUUCCAGUAAAAGAGGAAGAGAUACAGAGUAAAGAACAGGAGCUCCAGCAAUCAGGAGUAGUGAAAACUGCUACCUUAGCAGAGUCUACAGAAAUUCAUGGAACUGUAGAAAAAAUAAGAGAGAUGGUGUUAACUUCUGAGAUGCUGAAAGAUGGACCGAGUCAGAGUUCUUUAGCAAUUGUGAAUAAUCCUGAAGACGUUUCAAGGGAAAACGUGAGACUUCAGAAAUUAACACUAGAACUGACUACUGCAGAGAAUUCAACCGAAGACCCCCGAGACAUAUACUCACCAGAAUUAAGGGACAAAGAAGUUGGGCAGAGUAUGGAAAUUCCAGGCCAAUAUGCAGGUCAGCAAAUACAGAGAGAGAGUGAGGACAAACAACAUCAUCUGCCAGUGGAAGAUGGAAAAACACAGGCAUGGGAGGAUGAUACUUGCCAAGGAGCACCUUGUGAUAGUCCACAAAGUCAGAGCCUGGUGGCUUCUGAGGCCUUGAAUAUGUACUAAGCACCCAUGUGGCAUUUGGAGAGAUGCCAGUCCUAGAGAUAACUGACAAUCCUGUGACAGAGCCAGGAGCUUUAUUCACUACCCUUUAUUCUUGGAUGUUAACGCCUGUUCUUUUGAAGACCACCUUUUUUGUCAUUUCUAUUAAAUAAACAAUGCCUUUAGUGUUGGUUAAUAUCUGUAUGAGUGUUCCAUUCAAAGGUCAUCUGCCUCUGCCCAAAACAGGCCAUUUAGACUGGAAUGUACAACUGAGUGAAUGGGCAGACCAUGAAAAUUUUUGCCACCGUUACUACUGUCCCCUCACUUAAUGCGUGUCUUGUCUAUGCCAUCUCCUGGAAUUCCUUCACUCAUCCCUGAAUCUCCCUUCUUUCUGCACUCUCCCUUACUCCCAUCAACUUCUGUAGCUGCCUUGAUUUGACCUACAAGUGUCUGUAGGUGCUGCUCGACUUGUGUAUGAGGUAGAAGGGCUGACUGAUGAGAACACAAGAGACUUCUGACCCAGUAGCAGAUGCGCCUUUACCAAACAGCAGGAACUGGUUCAUGCACGAAUUCUUGAGCAAGAUGCUCAGGAUUGCUGCCUUUCAGUCUCCUUCAGGUAUCUCUAUCCAUCCUUCUGUUGUGUUUGUGAAGGUCUGAUUUAGUCAGAAAUUACUUCUGCAGCAUAGCUUCAAAGGAGGUUGAGAAAACUCUUCUGUUGUUCCAGACUUCAGGUCUCAGGACUGGAUUGUAAUGUGUUGAAUAUUUAUAUGUAUGUCUUAAACACAGUUCUGAUUUUAAUAUAGAGCUAUGAUACUUAACGUGCUAUGUAGGCAUACCCUUAAAUGAAUUUCGUAGAGAGGAAAUUGAUACUGUCAGAGCAUAAAUUGUUAACACUUAGUUUCCUAUUUAUUGUUCCAGGUUCUUCCCCUUGUAAAAUCUCUCCAAAACUUGGCUGUCUUGCAUUGAAUAUUUAUAUGCAUAUCCUAAACCCAGUUCUGAUUUUAAUGUAGAACUAUGAUACUUCUAAAGAUAAAAGGAGAGACCUGGCCUGUGUUGGAUCCACCAAUCCCUUCUACUUGCAGUCCUCCCUGCCUUCUGAGAACCCUCCAGACUUACCAUUUCCCUGUCGUCUUGCUCAUAUAGCAACCCCAGUGGUACUACAACCCUCAAACCCUCUCACAGAAUCAUAGAAUAGUUUGGGUUGGAAUUGACCUCUGCUCAUUUCUGGUCAUUGCCCCAUCCAACUCCAAGCCUUUUCCCACAACACCAUCUAACAUUGUUCCUCCAUACGAGCUUUGUCCUUUCUCAAUCCCUGCCAGAACCUCUUUCCUGCAACAGCAUCUCCUGAAAUCCUCACCCAUUCUAUCAAUUCCCUGUCUUCACUGAUGGGAGGAGUAAGAAAGAGGAUAAGGGCUCAAUAAUGAAUUCUGCCUUGGAUUGCAAAAAGCUUUUAAGAUCUGUAGAGCUGUAGACCAAAAUGUGCAGGGUGCUUUAAAGAUGGGGGAGGCCCCAAGAGCAAGAUUCCUGGGAUGCCUAUCCCCAACAGGAGUUGGUCCUCUCUUUUGCUGUUUACAUUAAAAUCGAACACAGCAUGCAAGUCAGUACUUUCAGCCCUGAUUUCUAAAAUGAAGGUUAGGGAUCGCACUUUGUGAAACCCAUGCCCAUCAAAGUGAACACCAGCUCAGUAUCCUACCUACAUAGCAAUUUAUUUUAAAAUCAACUUACGGUGUAAAAUGCUUGUUAUGGCAGGUGCUUGCCACUGAAGGCUGCACAUACAGCAAGCAAUGUGACUUGGAGCAAUUGCAUCAUCUGGUGCUACCCUACGCAGAAGCAUCAAAAGAUUUUUCCUUACCUCAGAGGAAAUUAUACAAAGCCAAACAAUGUGGUUUCAAACAAUCCAGGCUAUCUCUGUCCAUUGUUACUGGCAACGUUUCCCUUUAGCUUUAGGCAAUUCCAACAACCUCGGUUGAGUUGGCUUGCAAGUUAAUCAUGCUCUUAGUAACACCUCACAAGUGCAAACUUGGCUGAAUUUGUACAAAUUGUAUACCUAUGUACGUUAAGCCAUAUUGCAAUAACUGCAGCAGGUAAAAUGAAGUAACAACAGCAUGACCUGAGUAAUCUUGAUUCUUAAAUUUGUAGCUCCAAAGCUGUUAAUAAUAUGUAAAGUUAAUUCUUGUUUGAACCUCAUUUAAAUAAAGCUAGCUUUACCACGAUGUAAACUGUCUCCUGGUAGUGAUUGGACAGGCAAGUGCUUUAUCUUGUCUGUUUUCUCCAUUAAUCCAGGGCUUAGGUAGGCAAUGUAGUAGAUUUAAAUAUAAACCACAUACAACAGCUUCUUGUAGUUGACACCUAAAACAAUACUGCUUCCAAACUCACAGAAAUGGUAUAGGGAGCAUGUCUCCACAUGAAGAUAGUACUUUGUUCCAGUGUAUUGCUUUGUCCUCUGAAACUCCCAUUUGAGACUGUGAAUUCUGGCUUGUCUUAAAACUUGAAGCUUUCUCUAAUCCAGUGUAUUGGGUUGCCCAAUUGGACUUUGUGAUUUUUAAGGUAGAUUUUCAUUGGUUAAA